AUGGCAAAUAAGCAGCCGUUAAAGACGACGUUUGAAGCAGAGCACGUCAUUCGUCCUAUAUUCACAGGAGGAUCGGUCUCUAUCAAUGAUGACGCCCGAAUUCUAGCGACAGUUCUCGGCGAGGAUGUAGUUCUCACUGAUCCCACCAACGGCAAGCACUUGGCUCAAAUUGAGGGUGACGGGGAGCUCAUUUCUACAUUAACUUUGACACCCUCUGCAUCGCAUCUCAUUAUUUGCUCCCGUUCCUUGUCUAUGAGAAUCUUUUCUUUGAAGAGAUCUGAAGACGAUGGAACCAUCGAAGCUACUCCUACUAGAACAGUCAAAGCUCACUCAACACCAGUUAAUGCGCUGACAGUUGACCGAACCAGCACGUUGCUGGCCACUGGAGGAACUGAUGGCGCCGUCAAAGUCUGGGAUAUUGUCGGUGGUUAUGUUACCCAUACUUUCCGCGGAUCUUCAGUUCUAGUGUCAUCACUUCGAUUCUUUGAGGCUGUGUCCCGUUCGAAUGAGACUCAAUCACGAAAGGGCAAGAAAUCCAAGCGCCAAGAGGAGUCCGACGAAGAAGAAGAGAACUCGACCACUAUCAACUUCCGUCUUGCAUGCGGUCAACAAAAUGGUAAGGUCCGCGUAUGGGACUUGCACAAGCGCAACUGUGUAGCCAACUUGGAUUCCCACGUCUCAGAUGUGCAAGGACUCGACUACUCUCCCGAACAACAUGCUCUAGUCACCGCUGGUAGAGACAAGACCAUUACAUGGUGGGAUGCCAAGUCCUGGAAGAUUCGCAAAGUUGUGCCUUGUCUGGAGUUGGUGGAAGCGGCUGGCUUCAUUGACGGUGGAAACUUGACCUACUCUGCUGGUGCCAACGGUUCUCUUCGCAUCUGGGACACAGAUACUGGUAGGGAAGUUACUCCCCAGCAACCUGCAAAGAGCGAAGAGGAGGGUAUUGUGUCUGCAAUUUAUCGCCCUGGACUACCUUUUAUCCUCCUCGUUCAGGUCGAUCACACUCUCGCGCUCUACAAGCUACCCCAAAAAGCAGAUGCCGCCACCUUGUCAGCACCCGAACCCUUCCGAAGAAUAUCUGGCACACAUGACGAUAUCAUUGAUUUGGGUUACUUGCUUCCUGACCGUUCUAUGGUCGCGUUGGCUACAAAUUCCGAAGAUGUCAGGAUUGUGUCUGUUGUAGAGACACAGGAUCAGAACGAUGGAGUCAAUGUGGAUUCUGGGUCAAGCCCCUACUUCGGCCAAGAUGUUGCUCUUCUGAGGGGUCAUGACGAGAUCGUUAUUUCGUUAGAUAUUGACUGGUCAGGUCAUUGGAUAGCGACAGGUGCGAAGGACAACACUGCCAGACUUUGGCGUAUUGACCCUGCAAACAACUCUUACACCUGUUGGGCCGUCUUUUCUGGUCAUGCUGAAUCUUUAGGCGCUGUUGCUCUGCCCAAGAGCGUUCCUCCUGAAUCAUCGGCAGCCAGAACUGAUCCACUCAACCACCCUCCCACAUUCCUUAUCACAGGCUCGCAGGAUCAGACCGUCAAGAAAUGGGAAAUCCCCCGUACAGCCCAGCAACAAGGCCACAAGAGCAGUUCUCGCGCUAUCUUUACCCGAAAAGCGCAUGAAAAGGACAUUAAUGCCAUCAACGUCCACCAUUCGAACCAGCUCUUCGCGUCUGCGUCACAAGAUAAGACGGUCAAGAUUUGGUCUGCAGAGGAAGGUGAAGUCCAGGGCAUUCUGCGUGGACACAAGCGUGGUGUCUGGUCCGUGCAAUUCUCACCUGCUCAGAUGCCGGCUAUUCAGGGCGAAGAUGGGCCUGUUACUGGAAAGGGUGUCAUUCUUACCGGUAGCGGUGACAAGACUAUCAAGCUCUGGAACCUCGCCACCUAUACUUGUAUAAGGACUUUUGAGGGGCAUUCUAACAGUAUUUUGAAGGUUGCGUGGUUGAACAUGCCUGCCAGCCAGGAACAGUCCAAGAAGCGAGUCCAUUUUGCCAGUGCUGGUGGCGAUGGUCUUGUAAAGGUUUGGGAUGCAAACUCGGGAGAAACUGAAUGCACUCUUGACAACCAUGAGGACCGUGUUUGGGUUGUGGCUGUUCAUCCUGAGAACAACACUAUCGUGUCUGGUAGCGGCGACUCUACUGUCACUUUCUGGAAAGAUACGUCGUCUGAGACUCAAGCUGCCGCGUCUCAAGCCGCACUUAAGGUGAUUGAGCAGGAGCAGGAGCUUGAGAAUCACAUCCACGCCGGCUCAUUCCGUGAGGCUAUCACGCUCGCAUUGCAGCUCAACCAUCCUGGCAGACUGCUCAGCCUAUUUAAUUCAGUCAUGACAACAGACAAGCCUGACAAGGGUAGUUUGAGUGGCUUGAGAGCUGUGGAUGAGGUACUAGCCAGUCUGUCCGAUGAGCAGAUCUUCUUGCUUCUUCUGAGACUACGGGAUUGGAACACAAACGCACGUACAGCUCCUGUGGCGCAGAAGAUCCUGUGGACUUUGAUCCGAAGUUAUCCUGCUUCCAAGUUCUCAAACCUGUCAGUCAAGGGGGCCCAGGGGCAGAAGAGCUUGAAGGAUGUGCUUCACGCUAUUCGAGUGUACACCGAGAGGCACUACAAGCGAACAGAGGAGUUGGUUGAUGAAAGUUAUCUGGUGGAAUAUACCCUGCAGGAGAUGGAUGAUCUCGCACCCAUGCUGGAAGAUGAGAAUGUUCUACUACAAGACAGCAUCUUUGGAGCAUAUGCCAAGUGCAUUGUGCUGCCAUCAACCAAAUGUGGGCCUGGACCUGAGCUUCAAGGCUCCACUCCACCCGUAACUGCAUAUAACCUACGACUUCAAUCUUUCAUCUGCGACGUCGAGUCAGCCGAGAACUGCGCAACAAGAGACAAAGAACGAAGUCUCGGACGCAAUUUGAACAUGUCCAAACGACAGGCUUCAGAGGCUCUUGAAGACAUCGCCUCGCCAGCUUCCAAGAGGUCUCGAUUGGACUUUGAUACGCCUGAACCGGGUUCAGAAGAACUUAUUAACGAGACGAAUACAAACGGAAACGCGCAAGAAGUCGACGACGAUGACGACUUUGACGAUCAAGAAAUAAUGGCUGCGGCGCCCAUAAGGCAGUUUGCACCUACAGAAGGUUACGACGACCUCUACCUCGACACCAUCGAUCGCAACGUGCUCGACUUUGACUUUGAGAAGCUCUGCUCCGUAUCCCUCUCCAACAUCAACGUCUACGCAUGUCUAGUCUGCGGCAAGUACUUUCAAGGUCGCGGUCCCAAGUCGCACGCCUACUUUCACUCUCUCGACGAGGAUCACCACGUUUACAUCAACCUCGAAUCUCAGCUCGUUUACGUCCUCCCUGAAGGUUACGAGGUCAAGAGCCGCGCGCUUGAAGACAUCAAAUAUGUCUCGGAUCCACGUUACACCAAGAAGGAGGUUAUCGAGAUGGAUCGCACGCGACGUACGAGUCAGACGCUUGACGGGAAACAGUACAUCCCUGGAUUUGUUGGAAUGAACAACAUCAAGGAGAACGACUACUUCAACGUUGUUGUGCAGGCGCUGGCGCAUGUGGCCCCAUUACGCAACUUUCUUCUUCUCGAUGAUUUUUCGAGCAAGACGGAGCUCGUCAAGCGAGCCAGUAUUCUGGUGCGCAAGAUUUGGAACCCAAGGGCGUUCAAAGCUCAUGUCUCGCCUCACGAACUUCUCCAGGAGAUUUCCCUUCGCUCCAACAAGCGCUUCAACCUUACGUCACAAUCAGAUCCUGUCGAGUUCUUGUCGUGGUUUCUCAACAAUCUCCAUCUUGGUCUCGGUGGAAGCAAGACCAAACCCGGCAGCUCUAUGAUCCAGCGCACAUUCCAGGGCAAGAUGAAGAUCGAGUCGCAAGCCAUUACAGCUCGCGCUGAUGCUACCGAUAGACUGCGCUUUGAGGAUGCAAAUGUCAAGGUUGACAUUGUGCGCUUUCUCCUCCUGACGCUUGACCUCCCUUCAACACCCCUUUUCCAGGACGAGCUUGAGAAGAACAUUAUUCCUCAAGUCCCGUUAACGACUAUUCUCACAAAGUACGAUGGUCAGCGUGCUCAAGAACACCACGCUCAACGCAAGCGCUACCGACUCAUGCACCCCCUUCCCCCCUACCUCGCGUUCCACGUAAAGCGUUUCUCACAGAACAAGUUUGUCUCUGAACGCAACCCCACAAUCGUAACCUUUGACGCGCGCAAUCUUGACAUGUCACCCUACGUGGAGCCGAACCCCAAGGAGUGGCCUCCAGGCGAACCUAUAUGGUAUGAUCUCGUUGCAAACGUGGUCCACGAGGCUGUGCGCACACGAGAAGAUGUCGUUGAUAGCGGCGAGGAGCGCAAAACAUGGAAGGUGCAGCUGAAGAACAAGGCUACAGGAGAAUGGGUUGUGUGCCAGGAUCUGUAUGUUGAUAAGGUGCAGAGUGAACUCUUGUACCUCGGUGAAACCUACCUCCAGAUUUGGGAACGGAGGAGAGAGCCUUGCAAGGGCAAGGGUAAGGCCUCAUAA